AUGGCUGGGAACAACAAAAGGCCUGAAGAAGCGGCGUCCAUUCAACCCAUGGACAUCGACCACGAACUCAGAGAGGACACACCUGCUUCCGAGGGUAGGAGAUCGUCGACAGUUCGUCCCUCUUCCUCGCCGGACCAGGUUUUCCUUCCUGCUUCCCCGGCCGCCAGCAAUGUCCGCCCUGCCCGGGUUUUCGUCAACAUUCAGCCUGCCCCGCCCGCCAACAACAUCAACGUCCAUCUGAUCGCGGGAGGCCAACGAGAUCGACUCCUGCCGAUGUACGCCAAUGUCAACCAAGUGGACAUGCGGCCCAGACUGCAGGCUUUUGAGGCUCCGUGGUACCCCUUCCACCCGCGGCUAACUUCUGAACCCAGCAACUACCGCACCCAAGGCACUGUGGCAGAAAGGAACAGAAUCCUCCCGGAGCUUCAUAGCGUCUGGCAUGAGAUGCAGAGAUUCGGGUAUGCGUGGUCAAUAAUCGAAGAUCCAGUUGAGAGACAAUACCUUCUUGACCACGCAACGUCGCUGCCUCCUCCUCUUUCGGAAAUAAAGGGAGCUAGGGACGACAAUGGCCAACGCCAGCGACCGCCUGCUCCCGCUCGUCAAGACCCGAGCUAUUAUCAAGCACCCCCUCCUGUUGAGUAUCCCGACCUCAACCGCAGGCACGAAGUAUCCCGCCAUGGAGGGGGUUUCAAUGGUCAAUUGGAUCGAGACCUCGCCUAUUAUCAACCAACCCCCGCCAGUGUAUACCCCACUCACGACCGCAGUCAACAAGUGUAUGACUAUGGCGGGGGUAGUGGUGACCGGGACCAUUAUCAAGCACAUCCCGCCGCUACAUAUCCCAUCACCAACAACCGCGGCCACGAAGUACCUAGGUACGGCGGGGGAAGCGAUCAAGUGGACCAGGGCUACUAUCAAGCACCCCCAGCCGCCGCAGAUCCCAACUUCGACCUCCGUCAACAAGUGCCCAACCCUGGCGAGGGUAGCAUUGGUCGUAAUGCUGUGGCAUACGCACAGGACGUGAAUCGAGACCAGGGGUGUUUUUCGGCAGCCGAUGUGCCUUUGCAACACGUGCAGCCACGACGGUCAAGCGCCGGCCCGCAACGAUGGCACCAAUGA